GCCGGUGACCAACGGCCAAUGACCCGUAGACUCGCAUUCCCCUUUUGUGCUAGAUAUUAACGUUAGUCCCCAUGGGCAUAAGAGUCAUCAUCCAUCAUCUGCAGUCCCACGAGGGAAGUCUCUGCGUGAUUGGCUGCUUUGGUGUAUCCUAUUGAGGCUGCUGGGUACGGUAGACGACGAGGUGGAUAUGAUUGGAAAUUUGACGAUACUGCUUACAAUAGCAGAACAUCUAGAAAUUCGACUGUACGUACAUUGUACGGAUACUGCGCGAGGUAGUGUCGAAAAGACUGCCAGUCUGGGUAUAAGAUCCAUUGGGUUAAGGGGCGGCCGAAUUGAUGACUUAUUAGCUACGGGUUGAGUAAUACACGCGCGAGACGGGCUGAUAUGAAUUCCGCUGGCGCCCUUUUACUGAACUAGGCGUACUGUCCACGGAUACCGCUGCGGGUAUUUGGCUUGUCACAGAGCAACAAAAACGCCAUUCGAACAAGGUUAGGAAUGUGUGUCACCCAGUGUCAGCCCUAAGUUAAGGUGCAGUUGGUGAUGCGAUGUGCUGUUGGGCGGGCGACCAAGGCCCGUGUCGGACCAAACAACGGACGAAACAGACAGACAUUUGAAGCUGACGCUUACUGAUGAUGCCGCCCUCUAGUGGCAUUUAUUACAAGACGAGCUCAUCCUGCACUGAGUGACUGGACUGCACUUGACUGCAAGCGAGUGCCCCAACAUACGACAGCAUCAUCAUGAUUACACACCAACACCAUCCAUUGAUUGCUACAGUAGCAAAAGGCAGUGAGUGGGACUGUACCACAACAAACAGUGAACAAACUUUAUUAUGGGAGGAGCAAUAUCAUUGACAGACAGUCAACUCAAUAGUUAACAAGGUUGUUCAUGGCGUCAAGAAUCCUUGUUAAGAGCGAAAAUAGUCAGGAGGUGUCUUUCUUGUUCAGAAUCUGUCAUGUUUGCGUUUCGCGGUGCGGACUGAUUUGAUUGUCCGCGGGGCACUUGGGGCUCCGCGGAUGCGGACUGCGGAGUUGGAGAUCCAACCUCGCAUUCACCCCGUCUCAUCUCAGACUCUCAGACUCAGAGUCUGAGACUCAGAAAAUCAGAAACAGACCAAAAAGAAAAAUGGGGGGUCAAACUGGGGUCCGGCUUUCGGGCUUUUGCUACCCUCCGGCUGCUGUGGGGUUAACGGACGGUGACGGCCUCGGCCAACAGGCGGGUUAGGGUUGGGAUGGGAUAUGAAUGGAGAAAAGGGAGCUGGAUGAUAAGGGGUAAGAGACAUUCGAUUCACAUCAUACCAGACAGAUCACAUCAGAUCAGGUCAGAGGUGUGUCGCUUGAGACUUAGGACUGUUUGCCUUUUGGGGAUAAUGCUUUGUGUGGUAGAUUCAGGGUUUGACCUCGUUCUUGUUCGGCGAUGACUCUUUGGAGAAAUCUUUGCGCGAUCCCGAUCGAGUAGAUCAGAUUGCGCUACGCCUUGCGUCUUUGCCUUUGCCUUUGCCUUUGCCUUUGCCUUUCUUUGUCUUGGACUUGAGCAUUGAGUUUCAACCAUCAGGUAACGUUCGUAAACUAAGCGAAUUGCGUGGGAUGAAUCAGGUGUCGAUCGAUACAGCUACAUUCUUCGCAAAGCUCGUUUAUUAUUAGUCUUUACUACGUUAGUUUCUACUCGAGAAGUCAAUCAUGAUCUCACACCCAAUGCGGAACGACUGCCCAAUGCGUCUCAAUGAUCUGAGGCUGAGGGAAUAUUCGAGUUCUCUUUCGAGAUACGCGUUUUCGCAUAGUCGCAUUGUGACAUUGGGGAUGCGAUGCAAAAUCACAGAAAAUCACAUAAAAGGUCACAUGUGUGGGCCUCGCUCGUUACGGCACACGCGGUGCAGAUGUGGGGCCGGGAUGCGGGAGCGGCGGGCAAGCAUAACUCCCGUGCCGCACAUGGCAAGAGCGAUGCGAUGCGAAGCGAAGCGAUGUGAUAGCGAUAGCGAGAACGAUAUGGGAGGGUUUCAGUGAUGGACAUACAAGAUGCAUUAUACGUACCAGCAACAUGUUCAAUUCUCAGCAUGUUUAUACCUUGAGGCCAGAUCAACUCCAAUAUACGUACCUAGUAAUCAUGCCGACUGUGCACUCAACCUUGAUGAUUCACAACCAGGGUUUCACACAGAUCGGCACCUCAAACCAACAUUUUCAACUUCAUUUUCGUAUGUACGCAUGCAUGUUCAACACCGAGUCCAAGCCUCGUCCAAUACAUACAAUACCGGUACUCACCCUCACCUCACGUUACACCCGCAAGGUCCCUGUCAUAUUGAACCACAAUCGUUCAACUCUUCCAAUGAUUCCCACCAGUUUCCGAACACACCCCGCAGCUAAACUCGUUCUCAAACAUGGCAAGGCAUAGCAUCCAUCGUUUAACGUUAACUCAAGCCAAGUCUCUCAUUUCCCUGACAGAGAGGCUCAGACCGCCCGUCCACGUAUCACCACGACAGCCAAGGCACUUGGGGGAAAACUCUACCAAGCAAAUACGCCGGACUACGCAGGUAGAGGCCGUAUUCGACCCCCCGAUGAAUCAGCGGGUGCGCGCUACAUGCAACCCGUUUUGGGUAAACCCAUUCGACCAACCAGGGUCGUCCUGAUCCCCUGUCUGAAGUAAGUAAGCUCCGGUCAAGGUCAAGCUGUGCUGUGUCGAGAGGGCGCACCCACGCACGUGCAUGAAAUGGACUCAAGAACCCGAGAUACGAAAUCCCCUCCCAAACUCUGUUUACAUGGAACAACCCGAGAAUGAGAGGCAGCCAAGCCUUGGGAACAUGUCUGGUCUUUUGGCGGCCCUGGCCUUGGCCUUGGCUCGGUCAAUGUUCCCCCUCGGUCUUGGCUGUGGCUAUGGAGGUUGCUGAACCCUUGAGCGACAAAAUAAUAGCGACAGCUUGUUAGACGGACGCCUUCUGAUUAUCGGGUCCCGGCGUUUGAAAGUCAGUGUCGCACAGUUGAUUUGCCCGUAAAAACGCAUUGCGUAUGCGGGUCGGGCUUUGCUAUUCUCCGCGUAAACAUUUUGCAUCCUCUGAAACUCUCUCAUGGAUAAAAUGAGUACGCGUAUUGGUUUUAGUGACUGACAAGGCUUCAAAUUGUGGCCGAGCAUAUUCAAGUCGAACCAUCUGAUGUUGACUGACUGCAACUAUUCCUAUGCCUUGCUCAUCAAAGCACUCAUCGAGUUGAACUGUACCUAUUAAUGUUUCUUACCACCAUGUUCGCUUAGUAGGCAUUGGAUAUGACAAGAUACCCUCAAAACCUAGCUUCAUAAACCCCGUAGAUCUAGUGCUGACUUGAUCUGCUGGCAAAGUCUGGAACCCAAUCAGAAAAUAGGAUCUACGCUACAUGUAUUUAUUACUACAUGAUAUCAAUGUCAUGCUUGUAAGCCCUCAUGUCAGCCAUGUUGAGCUGGCGCCAACACUGCAAUUGUAUUACUUUUCUUGUCCCCUGUUAGUAGAGUCGGCCAACAGAUAGGAGAUUUAUUGAUAUUCAACUUUGAGUGGAGCCCGAGUGAGCAUAUGUAUCCGAGAAAUGUCCCAACAAGGAAUGGAUUUCGAGUUGUCAAGAGAAGAAGCAUGAAAUUCGCCUAUUCUACUGUCAUGGUUCUAGGCCCUUAGAUGAGAUGCUCCCUUAUCUUAUGAAACGACACAGUCAGGAACAUAUCCACCACGGCGAUAGUGAGAUCAAGAACUCCUAGCAUGAACCUCUGUUGUGUAUCUAGACAUUAUACAGAGAGGCGUUGAUUUAGUGGUGUAUCCUCGCUGGUGCACAACAUAAUGAUCUCGGUAAGAUUUCACAAAGAGGGAGUAUACAUAGCCCAUAGGAGAACCAAAAAAUAGUACGAUAUCGUACUGAAUUGAGGGUUGAGAUCAUAAUCCAAGUUCCGGGUGAGAGGUCUACUUGAUCAAGGUAAGAGAUGGGACUUUGCUGAAAC